UGUUACUCAGGGGAAGUGGAGCAAGAAUCUUCCAGGAAAAUUCCUACUGAGAUGGUAACCAAAUUCCUGGGUUAUAUAAAACCUGUUUUGGCAAUGAGAUUCUUCACUGCAAAUUAAGUGCAAAGUCAAUACAUAAGAGAAAGCUAAAUGCUUCAUUGAGAGUGGAAUUAAUGGAGAUUGUGGAAGUUGGCAACUGUGAAGUACCACAACCACAACAACAAGCACUUCCCCUGCUCUCACUGAACCAUGUGUCCCUCUUGUGCAGAUCAGUGUGGGACUCUGUGAGGUUCUAUGAGGAUGUAUUGGGCUUUGUUCCCAUAAAACGUCCAUCUUCUUUCAAUUUCAAUGGAGCCUGGUUUUACAAUUAUGGUAUUGGAAUACACUUGAUCAAGAAUCCAGACAUUGACGAAUUUGAUGAUACCUGUGUGAAUGAAUUACGACCAAUUAAUCCCAAGGAUAACCAUAUCUCAUUCCAGUGUACGGACGUUGGACUUGUUAAGAGAAGGUUAGAGGAAAGAGGGAUGAGGUAUGUGACAGCUGUGGUAGAGGAUGAAGGAAUCAAGGUGGACCAGGUGUUCUUCCAUGACCCUGAUGGCUACAUGAUUGAACUCUGCAACUGUGAAAAUAUCCCAAUCAUUCCUGUUUCUUCAUGCUCUUUCUUCAAGCCUAGAAGCCACAGCUUCAAGAAGACUCCUAAUUUCAAGUGUGGAUUCAUGGAGAAUGUGAUGAUGGAAAGCUUGAGCAUGGACAUGAUGAACUUCUCCUUUUAAUUUUGUCUAUAAGUGAAUAAUAUUUCCCUUUUUAUAUUGUAAGAUAAGAACAAACAUUGUUACUCAAAACAGAGAAACAAUGGUAGCAAGGGGGGAUAAUUAGAAGAUAAGAUUGGUAUUAAUUUAUGUUUAAAUCUACCAAACAGCUUGUUAAUGUGUGGUCUUUAAGUCAAGGGUGGUCCAAAGAAAAACUGUAUUGUUGUAUCAUGUGGUGCUUAUGAUAAUAAGAAAUUGUGAGAUUGCUUGGUUGUAUCUCAUGUUUGCCAA